CCUCGGCCUUCUCAAGCCUCUCUUAAAAACAGUUCCAGUAGCCGGAAGCCAGGGACCGCGGACAACCACCGUUUUCUUCGACCGCUCUGGGAACGGUGGAAGCUGCUUCAGCUUCACGGAGAACCGACCCCAAACUCGGAUUUUUCAAAAAGCUGUAGAAAAAUGGAGGAGACAAUUCCCUUUAAGAAUUUGCAAAGCAGAGAGUAUCAAGGUCACAAGAAAAAGGUGCAUUCGGUGGCUUGGAAUUGCACGGGCACGAAGCUUGCUUCCGGUUCUGUGGAUCAAACUGCAAGAGUUUGGCAUAUCGAGACCCAUGGACAUGGCAAGGUUAAAGAUAUUGAAUUGAAGGGACACACUGAUAGUGUGGAUCAGCUGUGUUGGGAUCCUAAGCAUGCUGAUCUAAUUGCAACUGCUUCAGGAGACAAGACUGUCCGUCUAUGGGAUGCACGAAGUGGAAAAUGCACUCAGCAGGCAGAACUUAGUGGAGAGAACAUUAACAUCACCUAUAAACCUGAUGGGAUUCACAUAGCUGUUGGUAAUAGGGAUGAUGAACUAACAAUUUUAGAUGUUCGGAAAUUCAAGCCAAUUCAUAAGCGCAAGUUCAAUUAUGAGGUAAAUGAGAUUGCUUGGAACAUGACAGGCGACAAGUUCUUUUUGACAACUGGAAAUGGUACUGUUGAAGUUCUAGCAUACCCAUCUCUUCGACCACUUGACACUCUUAUGGCUCAUACAGCUGGUUGCUAUUGCAUUGCAAUUGACCCAAUUGGGAGAUAUUUUGCAGUUGGAAGUGCUGAUUCCUUAGUCAGCCUGUGGGACAUUUCAGAGAUGCUCUGUGUAAGAACAUUUACAAAACUUGAAUGGCCUGUCCGGACGAUAAGCUUCAACCAUACUGGAGAUUAUAUAGCUUCAGCCAGUGAGGACUUAUUCAUUGACAUAGCAAAUGUUCAAACUGGACGGACAGUGCAUCAAAUUCCCUGCCGCGCUGCCAUGAACAGCGUUGAAUGGAAUCCCAAAUAUAAUCUGCUUGCAUAUGCUGGAGAUGACAAGAACAAGUAUCAGGCUGAUGAAGGUGUCUUUCGAAUAUUUGGCUUUGAUAGUGCCGCAUAAUUUUGUAAUUGGCUGUUUUCAAGUAUUUGGCUUUUAAAAUGCCACACAAGAUUUUCUGACCAGUUGCUUCUUUUUACACUGUUUUUGUCUUCUAUUUAUCAAAAUUUGGGAGUGUUGAUAAUAUAUUUUGAACCAUGAUUGUAGGUGUUAAUUUAUGAUACUCUUACGAGUACAUAAAUCCUAGCUUCUCGGGAUC